AUGGCGCGCAUCGACCCGCUCUUCGAGUUCGACGCUCCGCAGAGCUACCGCGACUUGAGCGCGCCGCUGUCGCCGCUCCCGGCGGGCGAGCACGAUCCCUGGUUCGACCGCGUACAUCCAGAGCACAGCCGACCGGGCGCGGAGCUCGCGCGCGAGCUGGAGGCCAAGCUACAGAAGCAGGAACAGCAGCAGCUCAAGGAGGACAAGGAGAACCAGCGUCCAGUCGCUGCUGAUUGGCGGAGCAUCGUCACGGCCCGGAACAAGCAGCUGAAGAGCGAGAAGAAGGAGUUCCGCAGCCUCAAGGAGAUGCGCGCCACACACAAGCCGUUCCAGGGCAAGAAGGAGCAGAUGCAGGAGCAGGAGCAGGAGCAGGAGCAGCAGGUGCAGAGCAGGAGGAAGCCGCUGGUGGAUGUGGGCAACAGACUGAACACGCACCGGAAGAGAGAGAGGGCUGCCACGGCGGCCAGUAAGGAGAAGAAGGAGAUGAAGAACCUGCAGGAGCUGCUGGCCAGGCACAACAAGAAGUUCAAGGCCACGCACACGUACGAACCCCCACAGCACUCGGUGCGGGUGGUGAAGCAGUGGGAGCGCGAGACGAAGCAGAGUUAUUAUGCGCUGUCGGCUGAGGAGCGCGUGCAGGCGAACCGGGAGAUUGCGGCCUGGAAGAAGCGGCGAGAAGCGGAAGCGUGUCAUUAG